AUGGCUGGUCGGGACGUGCGAGAUCCUUUCUGCAGCCACGGAUUCCAGUAUCUUGCCCAGCGUCGCGAGGAGCGAAAUUGGCCUCCAUGCCUUCGCAAUGGUGUAGUUUUCCUUGUUCGGCUUUUUGAGCGGUAUAAUCUUUAUAUGUUUCUACUAUCUCGGCAACUUGCCUUCUUCCAGUAA